UGCUGAACAGAUUUCAGAGCCUGAAAAGGUUGAAAAACAGAGAAGAAUAGAUUAUUUGAAAGAAAAGCUGAAGACAUUACACGAUCAAGAUGAAUCAGUUGGUCAGCAGAUAACACAGUUUCAACGGGCUCUACAUUCAUAUGAUGAAGAUUUUGCUAGACUUAAAAAGGAAGAUGAUGAAGUGAAAAAAAUACUGAAUUCUCAACAGCAACAGCUAAGACAAUUAAAGGAGAGUAAAACCAAUAGAAUGAAAAGAUUUGGACAAUAUAUGCCAGACCUUUGUGAAGCAAUUGAGAUGGCUGAUGCACAGGGGCAGUUUACAUAUAAACCAAUAGGACCACUAGGUGCUUUUAUUCAUCUGAAAGAUCCUGAACUUUCACUGGCUGUUGAAGCAUGUUUAAAAAACCUGGUUCUUGCAUUUUGCUGUGAUAAUCAUAAAGAUGAAAGAGUAUUACAGGCCUUGAUGUCCAAAUACUGUCAAGCUGGUUUUCGACCUCCAAUUAUUGUUAUUCGUUUUCAGGACAAUGUUUAUGAUGUAAAGUCAAGGGCUGUUUUUCAUCCUGACUUCCCAACAGUUUUGGCAGCAUUAGACUUUGACAAUGCAGUAGUAGCCAACUGUUUAAUUGACAUGAGGAACAUAGAAACCAUCCUGCUGAUUAAAAAUAAUUAUAAAGCUCGAAGUGUUAUGCAGCACAACAAGCCUCCCAAAAAUUGUAAGGAAGCUUUCACUGCUGAUGGUGAUCAGGUGUUUGAGGAAAGAUAUUACUCUUCUGAAAAUAAAAGAUCUAGAUUUCUCAGCAGAGAUGUAGAAGCAGACAUAAGUAAUUUGGAGAGAGAAGUUGAAAACAGAAAAGCUCAUCUCUUGGCAAUACAACAGCAAAUACAUUCUGUUGAAAUUGAUAUAAGAGAGAACAAACAAUUUCUUAUUGAUCAUCAUCAGCACAAAAAAAAAUUACAGAUAGAAAUAAGAAAAACAAACUCAGGAAUUACUGGCCUUGAAAAUGUAGAAGAACGCCAAUCAGUGGUCAUCUCUACAUUAGAAGAAGAAAUUCAUGAUUACCAACAGAAGAUAGAUACUGUUAAGGAACGUAUACUUAAGCAGAAGGCAAAAAUGGAGGAACUGAAACAUAUUUUACAAGAGGAAGAACAGAAAUGUGCAGCCAUCAAAGACAAAAUUAAUCAAGUAGAAGAAGAAUCAGCUACAAUCAAGGAUGAAUUACAUCAGGCAGUUGAUGAUCUGGAGAGAAGUAAAAGCAAACUGAAGCAUUAUGAAGAAAAAGAAAAACUCCAUUUGGAAUCCAUAAAAACACUUAGGCAUGAUCUAGCUACAAAAAAGAGAGAAUUAGAGGAAGUGAUUGCAAAGGCUUCAAAGAUCCAUCCAGAGCGAAUAGAAGUAAAUAGGACUUUUAAAAGUCUUGAUACAGAAAUGAAUCACUUGAGAGAAAAAAUAAAUUCAGAAAGAGAACGUACUGGAGAUAGAGAAGAAAUAAUAAGGCAGCUUCAGGAAGCAAAAGAAAAAUAUCAGAGUGCAGAAAGCAAAAGCAAAAAUUUGAAGAAAUUCAUAAAACUAUUGGAUGAAGUGAUGGUUAAGAGACAUAAAACAUAUCUGCAUUUUAGAAGAUAUCUUACUCUGCGAUGCAAAUAUUACUUCGAUUCUUUGUUAAGUCAACUGUCGUAUUCUGGAAAACUAGAAUUUGACCACAAGAACGAAAGGCUUUCAAUUACUGUGCAGCAUGGAGAUGAAAACAAGGCUGCUCUUGGAGUGAAAUCUCUAUCUGGAGGUGAACGUUCCUUCUCCACAGUUUGCUUCAUCCUCUCUCUAUGGUCCAUUGCUGAAUCUCCUUUCAGAUGCUUGGAUGAAUUUGAUGUAUUUAUGGACAUGAUUAACCGGAGCGUUGCAAUGAACAUGAUGCUUAAGAUGGCAGACUCCCAACGGUAUCGGCAGUUUAUUUUGCUCAGUCCCCAGAACGUGAGUUUGCCCACAAGUCGUCUCAUCCGAAUCCUUCGAAUGCAAGACCCUGAGAGGGGACAAAGGACGCUGAAUUUUAAUCAUAGAAAUGAAGACGAAGAUAGAGAAUGAGUGCUGUAGUUACAUCUCGUCUGCUAUUACUAAUUUGUUUCAUAAUACAGGAAGACACACAGACUUUGUUCACUGCUGAUAAAAUCAGUGAAAUGUGAGCUUUAUUGUUCUUCAAGCUUACUUGUGGCCUUUUCCCUCCUUAUAACAGGUUUUUAAUGGUACAUAACAUGUUUGAAUUUUAUGCUCAGAUUUUGUAAAUCUUUUGAUGCCAGAAUUAUAGCGGUCAGUAUGCUCUUUCUUGUACUUUGUUCUAUGAAUUGCAUUUACUGUAUAGUACUUGCCAGAGUUUGCUAUUAAUAAUAUAUUUGGUGAA